AUGAAUGAAUAUUUAUUAAAUAGUCGAAAAAAAUCAAAAGUGUUGAAAAUAAAAAUGACUAAAAAUCACUGCAAAAUAUGCGAGCUCCUAGGCGAGCGGAAAGUGCCGGAGGAUCACGGAUUAAGCCACCCGUGUCACUUAUCAUCGCUCCAUCAAUUAAAUUACCUCAAUAUAAAUGGAUUAAACUGUAGUCAAAACUCAAGCAUCGACUAUGCAAACUACGGGUUGCUAAACGGUCUGUAUCUGCCGCAAUUGAAGGACAUGAUGCUAGCCGCCUACUUACUUAGAGGUUGUAAGAAACAUCCGGAAGAAAACGCACCGUUGUAA